CUUCCCAUCAACGCAAUCAAUUUCCUGGAAACCUACCGAUAUAUCCACAGCUAGUAACGUCUCACCGAAUGAAUUCCGCUUCACUAACAUACUUGCGCCCGGACGUGGCGGCACUCAAGAAACGCAUGGACGACUUUGUCGAACUGGAAUGUAUACCGGCGGAAGCGGAAUAUGAAGCUCAUAUGAAAGACCGGAACGGGGCGGAUCGUUGGACGAUGGAAGCGGUACCCCCUUGCAUAAAUCGGCUUAAGAAUCGAGCAAGAGAAUUAGGCUUGUGGAAUUUGUUCGUCCCGCCCCAUCUAAUUUCCAGAAUUCCGGAACGGGCACUCGCACCGGCAGUUGCUCUAUCCUAUCGCGAAUACGGAAUACUAUGUGAGUCCUUGGGACGAGCUCCUACAGUUGCCCCCGAAGCGUGCAAUACAAGUGCACCCGAUACGGGAAACAUGGAAGUCUUUCUCGAGUUUGGAACGCCGGCACAAAAGACAACGUACUUGAUUCCUCUCCUACAGGGCCAAAUUCGGUCUGCCUUUCUCAUGACGGAACCCGAUGUAGCCAGUAGCGAUCCGACAAAUCUCGAGACCAAAUUGACCAAGAAAAUUAGCAACGGUACUGUGGAGUACAUUCUUACGGGUAGAAAAUGGUGGAGUACGGGUGCCAUGGAUCCGCGUUGCAGGGUAGCCCUGGUCGUCGCAAAGAUGGACUACUCAGACCCGUCGUGUCAAGCACAGCCGCAAACAUCUAAACACGGAGCACAUACCAUUGUAGCGGUGCCCUUGCCCCAUCCGCAAGUAAUCAUGCAACGACCCCUCACAGUAUUUGGAUACGAUGAUGCCCCACACGGACACGCCGAAGUUGUAUUGAACGGGGUUCGACUGGACGAAAGCGACCUCAUCUUCGGUGAAGGGAGUGGAUUCCGCGUUUCUCAAGCGCGACUUGGUCCCGGUCGCAUUCACCAUUGCAUGCGAGCUCUCGGCAUUGCAACCAGGAGCUACGAACUCAUGUUACAGCGUACCAUGGAGCGCAAAACGUUCGGAAAGUAUUUGUGGGAGCACGGCGGCUGUCAAGAUGCGAUUGCAGAUUCAGCGUCCGAUCUAGAAGCCGCCCGACUACUCACUUUGUCUUGCGCCGCGGCGAUGGAUGAUGUGGGCGUAAAAAACGCCCGCGACAAGAUUGGUAUCAUCAAAGUGACCGUACCAGAACUGACCUACCGCGUUGUUGAUCGUGCUAUUCAGGUCUUCGGGGGAGCCGGGGUUCACGAGGAUCUAUUCUUGGCUCGCGCGUUGGCGGGCUUGCGGACCUUGCGAAUUGCCGAUGGACCGGAUGCCGUGCAUCGCCGCACAGUUGCCUUGAUGGAGAUUAAAAAGAGAGCACUCCGUGGCUCCCAACAUAGUCGACUGUAA